AUGCUGAAAGUCGGCGGAUGGCUGGGCGGUGCGAAGCACAAAAUAACCCAUGGGCAAACCAGGAGCCUAAACGCUCUAGAUGAGCUUACGCAGAUCGAGGAUGCAAUGUCUGCUGUUACUUAUAUCAUGAAUGACGAUGUCGACGCCGCGGAAGCACAUCUCAGCAAAGGGAGCUCGCCCUUCCACCAGCUCGGAAAAGGCGUCGUGACGUUUAUGAGAGCUACUCUAGGCUUCGAGCAGGAGAUCAUACGAGAAGCUUCCGAACAACUGUCCAAUGCCGAAACCACCGCCUACGAGAACCAGCGCCGAGCUCACCGCAACCCCAGCGCUUACCAGUCGCCGAUCUACCCUGCUGGAACCGAAUACGCAGUCUGUCUGGCUGAGGCACAGCUGAUGAGCGCAAUCGUCGGGGUGCUGAACGAGAGUUUGACAGAAGCUAUCAAGAGCUUCUACAAGCUGAGGAAAGCAUAUCUCACUUUGGAGGGUGUUUUGGAUGCGGAGAAGAAGUUCUUAAAGGAGAGGAGUACAAGUAGCUUGGGAUCAACAGGCUCGGCUGGAUCGUCGAGACCUGCUUCUAGGGCUUCAGCAAGGCGUGAAAGUCCACUUGUCUCGCAAUCCCUCGCGCCGGAGAAGAGUACUGCUGAUGCGUCGCGUACAAGCAUGGACAGGGCGAAGGAUAAGGAGAACACGAAACCAGUACCAGCGCCAGCGCCACCUCUAGCCUCGGCGGAGAAGGAAAAGGAGAAAACAAAUCAAGAUGACGAUGAUGCUGAUUUCGAUUUCGUCGAUGCCGACGAAGAACAUGACAAUGUGCCGACUCCAAUGGAAUAUAUGGGUCAUCUCAAUGUGCCGGUCGAAAAGGGACAGACGGUAGAGCUUGACAUUUCUCAGAAAGAGCUAGACCUCAACGCAAGCUCGGCAAGAAACCUGCCCCCUACGGACGAGAAACCGGAUACGUCUGUCCCGGAUGCAGUCGAAGAAUUCGAACAGCUGACGUUAGCGGAAACCGUGAAAGCAAACGAGGACGUUUCGCUCUUUGGAAACCACCCCGUUGAUCUCUUCAUCAUCUCUGGCUCGAACUUCUGUUUCGGUAUUCUUCUCUUAAUGAUUUCGAUGGUUCCACCAGCAUUCUCAACCUUACUGAAAAUCGUCGGAUUCAAAGGCGACCGGGAACGUGGCAUCCAGAUGCUAUGGCAGGCGACCAAGUUCCACAACAUCCACGGUGCCAUGGCUGGGCUCGUACUAUUCAUGUACUACCAAGGCAUCGUAGGCUUCUGCGAUGUCAUACCACAGACAGGAGAGGGCUCGUACCCACGAGCACGGUGUAAGGCACUUCUGACCGAGAUGCGGAAACGAUAUCCUGAGAGUCAUCUCUGGUUAGUGGAAGAGGCACGUAUGCUUGCAACAGAGAAGGAGCUCGAAAAGUCCGUCGAGUUCGCCGCCAAUACCAAGUCAUCUAAGCUUCAACAGCUGGAAGCAUUGGGUUGGUUCGAGCGAGCGCUACAUACCAUGUACAUGCAUGACUACGAAGCUACCUCUGCCGCGUUCCUCAAAUGCAUUGCCCUGAACAAUUGGAGCCACGGACUAUACUACUACAUCUGCGGUGCCUGCCACGUCGAGCUCUACCGCCGCGACAAGACAUCCCAUCCCGAUUCCGCGAAAGUCCAUGCCGCCAAAGCCGUCGAGCACUUCCAGCGCGUAGCCGCCAACACUGGGAAAAAGCGUUUCAUGGCCCGCCAACUCCCCUUCGACGUAUUCGUCAACCGCAAAAUCGCAAAGUGGGAAGAGCGCGCCAAAGAGUGGAAGUGCGAUCUCAUCGACGCCAUCGGCGUCUCGCCCCUCGAGGAGAUCAUUUACUUCUGGAAUGGCUACAAACGCAUGCGGAAUUGCCAUAUCGACACCUCACUAGCGAGUCUUGCCUGGAGCGAAAGCGCAGAGAAUCCGCACUGGGCCAAGGAAUCGCUCGACGAAAAAGCCAUGCUGGCUCUGCUUCGCGCAGCGUGUUUGAGGAGUAAAGGCGAGACGGACGGAGCAAAAGAGACGCUACUGAAGGAGAUCAUUUCGCAUGACAGGGCGCUCUUCAAGGGACAUAAUAAAGAUUCGUGGACCGCGCCGUGCGCGAGGUACGAGAUGGCUGCUAAUAUUUGGCGGGAGGCGGAUAAGGAUGGACGGCCGGAAGAGCAUAGGGAGAUGUUGGAGGAGUGUAAGAAGUAUCUGCUCGAGGUCAGUGGGUGGGAAAGCUACGAUUUGGAUGCUAGGUAA